AUGGACUUGGAAGCGUGGAUGCUCGAGGUGGACGAAGAGUGGGACGAGCUCACCUUUGCGGCUCAAAGGCUUGCAUCGGCUUCGGCUAUCGCAGUGGUAACUCUGUUGGAUAAUGGCGAUACCAUUGCUUCGGUUAUCCGCCCUAAAGAUGAGGAGAAUGGCCCUCCUCCUGCAAAUAAGCCCAGAGGAAAGGACCCAGAUGGCAACAGAAUCGAAUCGGCAAAGGUGGCUGCAAUCAACCGGCUGGUUGCAGUCCAAGAAAAUAUCAACACCAUUGCUGCCAAGAACGCCACCGUUAGUGCACCUUUGGGCUUUGCGAAAUUGUUGAAGGAUAUGGGUAGAGAUGCUGAGGCCCGCGUUGCUCUGGAUAUGGCCUUGAAGGCUCAGUCAAAACCCUUCUCUGCCUAUGCAAAACUUUGCACUUUUGACCAGGAAGAAUUCAAGGAAGACCAUGACAUUGUUGAACCCUGA